CUCAUGAACGCCUCUCCACUGAAAACCAAUCACUCGUAUUGUAAACAAAUCGCUAAUCAAUCGCUUCAUUCACUCGUUUUGGUGGCACUCAAGAGGAGAGACAAUGCCUUUACAGACCACACCGAUGGCCAGUCCUACCGAAGAGCAACAGGAGAAACUGUUGGACGAGUCGCUGGGCAUCGUUAAGGUCCAGUCCUUUCAGAUGAAGUGCUGUCUCGAUAAAGGUAAACUCAUGGAAGCGCUAAAACACGCGUCGAAUAUGUUGUCUGAAUUGCGGACAUCACUGCUGUCCCCGAAGUCCUAUUACGAGCUCUACAUGUCUGUCACGGAUCAGUUGAGACAUCUGGAGAUGUAUCUGUUGGACGAGUUCCAGAGGGGCCGCAAAAUGGCCGACUUGUAUGAGUUGGUCCAAUACGCCGGUAAUAUCAUUCCUCGACUCUAUCUCCUCAUUACUGUCGGACUCGUUUACAUGAAGACAACUCCCGGUUGUCGUAAAGACAUUCUCAAGGAUUUAGUUGAGAUGUGCAGAGGCGUUCAGCACCCACUCCGAGGCCUAUUUCUGCGCAAUUAUCUGCUGCAGUCGUGUCGUAACGUAUUGCCGGACGUGACUGAAGACGUGGUGCUGUCGUCGGGUGACCCCAAAGAGGACAAACCCGGCUGUGUUCAGGACUCCAUUGACUUUAUUCUUCUGAAUUUUGCUGAAAUGAAUAAACUAUGGGUUCGUAUGCAACACAUCGGACACACGCGAGACAAAGACAGGCGCGAGAAGGAGCGCCUCGAGCUCCGACUCCUUGUCGGCACUAAUCUUGUACGGCUCUCGCAGUUAGAAUCGGUUGACUUAGAGGUGUAUAAGAAGGUUGUGUUGCCGGGUAUUCUGGAACAAGUGGUCUCCUGCCGCGACUCCAUAGCCCAGGAAUACCUGAUGGAGUGUUUGAUCCAAGUAUUCCCGGAUGAGUUUCAUUUGGCGACUCUACAGCCGUUCCUCAACUCGUGCGCUCAGUUGACACAGAAUGUGAACGUCAAGAACAUUAUCAUUGCGCUGAUCGACAGGUUGGCGAUGAGUAAAGACAUCGAACUGCCCCACGAUUUGUUCGACAUCUUCGCCAAACAGAUCUCGCAGAUAAUCCAAACGCGAACCGAUAUCUCGCUCGAAGACAUUUUUUUCAAACUUCCCUUCAAUUACGGAUCGAGUAAUGGCGUCACGGGUUUGUCGCCAAUCAAAAUGAGUCUUAAGCUCUCGGCCUAUAAAGAUUUACUCAAAGAGACGGCGGCUCACGAUCUGCACAAAGAGGUGACACUCAGUCUCAUAAACAGUGCGCUCGAGAACAACGCCGAAGAGGCGGUGGAAGAGUCGGACAGACUUACGCUCGAAGAGAUGGAAGUAUUCUUAUCGCAAAUAUGCGAUCCACUCAUUAAUGGCAAAAACUCUGGUAUUGAUAUCGACGAGAAUGACGAGGACUUCAUCGACGAACAGCUGUUAUUGUCUCGUUUUAUUCACUUCUUAUUUUUGCCGCAAUCCCUGCAAAACAGCACUCAAUUAGACAACUAUUAUCUGUUGCUGUCGUCCGCCCGUAAGAUCCUGUCCUCCGGCGGACCCAAACGUAUUCGAUAUACAUAUCCGUCACUUGUGUUUGAAGCACUCAAACUGGCGCUCAAGUACUCGGCGGAGGGCGACAGCUCUGAGGACAGGGAUCCCAAGUGGGAGAAGAAGUGUCAGAAGAUAUUCCAAUUCGUCAAUCAGACCAUCGGUUCGCUCAUGAAAGAGAGCAACUGUUCAGAGCUGUGUCUCAAACUCUUCCUACAGUCGGCCCAAAACGCGGCCAAAACUAAAGUCGAUAAUCGAGAGACCAUUGCCUAUGAGUUCAUUAGUCAGGCGUUUAGUAUAUAUGAAGAGGAGAUCAAUGAUUUUAAGUCCCAAUUGUUUUGCCUUUUGUUGAUUAUAAGUACUGUUAAAGAGAUUAAGUUUGAAAUUGAAGACAAUUAUAGUCCACUGAAGAGCCAGUGCUGUCUAAACGGCGCCAAAUUGGUUAAGAAAUCGGAUCAGAUUCGCGCCAUUCUUGCCGCCAGUUUACUGUUUGUCGACUACGAGAACAAUACAAUUGAAUCCGAUUUAAUGAAAUGCAUUAAAAAGUGUUAUAAAAUUGCGUCAAAUGUUUUAGACAUCGAGUUACAGCUGCAACUAUAUGUGGAAAUAUUAUCGCAUUUAACACUUCUGUUGAGAUUUAAUGAUAAAGACAUCGAAGAAUUGUGUCGACAAUUAGUCGAGAAAAUUGAUGAACAGAGCAAAGAGACGGCACUUUCAGAGCUCAUUCAACGCCAAUAUUCCAAUAAUAUAUCACUUCUUAAGCAUAAAAAUAUUGUUAAAUCAAGCGAUUGAUAAGUUUUUUAAAAUGAAUUUCUAAAAAGAAUGUAUUUUUUGGGUGUAUACCGGUAUUGGUUGCAUUUGUAAGCGUAUAUUUACUGUAUAUCUAUCUCUUAUAUAACUUAUAUAUGUUUUUAUUAUUUAUUAAAUGAAAUAAAAUUUAUU